GCCCCUGUCGCUGUAAACAAUGGAGUCCUGUCUAGACGACUUAGCCGAUGAUCUACAAAGCCUAAGCUUCACCUCCACUUCCACUGCCACCAUAAACCGAAGCACCAGCUCAGGUUCCGCCUCCAACUCCGGCUCUUCCACCCUCGCUCCCUCAACUCACGGCUCAUUCUCUUCCAAAGCCAUCCGUACCGGCUCACUCUCCAUGGCCGACCUCCGCUUCUCAAUCCGCCUCGGUUCCGGUGAUAUAGGCUCAGUUUACUUAGCCGAGCUCAAGUCUCAACUCCCAUCCCCCGACAGCAAUGCCGCUAAUACAAACAACAAAAUCAACAAAAAAGAAGUAGUUUUUGCAGCGAAAGUGAUGGACAAAAAAGAACUAGCGUCGAGGAGUAAAGAAGGGAGAGCGAGGACGGAGAUGGAAAUACUGGAAUCGUUAGACCAUCCUUUUUUACCUUCCCUCUAUGCGGUUGUAGAAUCCCCUAAAUGGCUCUGUUUAUUGACGGAGUUUUGUCCCGGCGGCGACCUUCAUGUUCUCCGUCAACGUCAACCUCUCAAACGCUUCCCUGAUUCCGCCGUCAGGUUCUAUGCAUCAGAGGUGGUGGUGGCGCUAGAGUACCUUCACAUGUUGGGGAUUGUUUACCGUGAUCUAAAGCCUGAAAACGUGUUGGUUCGAGCGGAUGGUCACGUUAUGCUUACGGAUUUCGAUCUCUCGUUGAAAUGCGAUGAUUCUACGUCAACGCCCCAUAUCAUUUCCAAUCAAAGACCGCCUAUUCCAGGUCUGCAAAAUGAUCAUCCUCCUUUCACAUCCUCUUCAUGCAUCAUCCCAAAUUGUAUAGUGCCUGCUGUGUCAUGUUUCCACCCCAAACGGAAACGUAAAAAGAAGGCUGCCCAUCGCAGUGGGCCUGAGUUUGUGGCUGAGCCUAUCGAUGUCCGGUCCAUGUCUUUCGUAGGGACACAUGAAUACUUGGCACCGGAAAUCGUGUCCGGUGAGGGCCAUGGUAGCCCUGUGGAUUGGUGGACAUUGGGGAUCUUUAUAUAUGAAAUGUUUUAUGGGUUAACACCAUUCAAGGGGGUGGAUCAUGAGCUAACCUUAGCCAACAUUGUGGCUCGAGCCCUUGAAUUCCCCAAAGAACCAGCAGUACCAGCAGCAGCUAAGGAUCUUGUUUCCCAGCUAUUGGUCAAGGAUCCUGCAAGGCGGUUAGGGUCCACCAUGGGUACAUCGGCCAUCAAGCACCACCCAUUCUUCCAAGGGGUCAACUGGGCAUUGCUAAGAUGCACAUCCCCACCUCACGUACCUCCACCAUUUAGUAAAGAUGUAUCGGAUGAAAGCUGUCCAGACACCCCAGUAGAGUAUUAUUAGGUGAAGUAAAGAAAUGAUUAGUAAAUAAGAAAAAAAACCCAAGAAUCACCAUAGAAAUCAUGUAACUUGUGAUUAUAUUUUCGGAAUCUCUCUUGUAAUAACUAUUCAUUU